AUGCUUGUGGGUCGCACUCCAUUUUCCAUGGAGGAUCUUCAUGCACUUGUUGACAAAGGGGAUAUUGCUCGGUUAUUUAGAUCACCGUCAUGCUACAAGAAAUAUCAGAAAUUCAAAGUGCUGCUCGAAUCCAGCCACAUUGACCUGACCACAAAUAUAGUAGUCACGCAGUUGAAAUGGCUUCCGACCAGCAUAGAUCUUACUUCACCCUCAUCAGAAAUCUUACCGAUGAUCCAUGCCUCAGAUAACCGUCCUUUUUCCAAUGUUGAAGAUUUGACUAUCGUGCCUAACAUGUUCCCCUACUAUCUGGAAGAGGGUUUAAUACAUCUUUGUGUAUGGCUAAAAUUUCCUUUUCCGCCAGAUCCUCACAGCGAAAUAGGUGAUAUUUCCGAAGAGAACAAGCAGUUAGUCGAAAAGUACGUGAAUCAGACAUUUGUGAAAGGUCUCGGAUUGACCAAGGAUCGUGUCCUCUGGUUCAAGAACUACGCUGCGCUACAGAGUAUCAGAACCAUUCCUCAUAUUCAUGUCGUUAUAGAUCAUCCAGAUCCCAUCAAAGUUGCCGCAUUACUUGGUACCGGAGGAAUACCAAUAAAAUAUACCAAGCUCUAA